AUGGGUGGAGGACAUCACGAGCCUUUCAAGAUCCCAAACUUCUCGAUCUACAACAACUACCGCGACUUCCCGCAGUUGGCGCAGCACGAGAAGCGACUCGCCCAGAUCGGACUGAAAGAUCCGUGGAUCAGGUUUGUACAUGCUUUUCGGUUUUCAAUAAAAAUAAUGAUUUCUUUCAGAAACUACGUGUACUUGUACGACCGAAAAUACCCACAUGUUGUUGGACAAUGGGCGCAUUUCAAGAAGGCUCGCCGCUUUAUCCAAUAAACCGAAUUAAUUGUCCAAUUUACAGCUGAUUCUUCCCGGCUGGAAGGCUGGAGUCGCGUUCACCGCCGCUCUGAUCCUCGUUGAAGAAGCCUAUCAGUACAAGACGCACGGAACCACCUCCUGGGAUGGCCACCACUAG